AUGUGUUACUACAAUUAUGUUUACCACGCCAAUUGCGGCCAUCAGGAGUUCGUUCUUGUGGACUACUGUGAUAAAGCUCCACGCAUUCAGGAAGAACGCGUCCCAGACUCACAGCGCGAGUCCCGGCAACCGCGACCGCAACUGCCCUCCGGCCGAUCCUCUUCUAUGCCACCAGGAAGGAGAUCAUCGCGUGAGGCUCCUUCGAGACCUCGAGACGACACCGAUCUCUUCCACGUCUCAUCCACAACCGUCACGCAAUCAAACUUCAGCUCAGCAUCUACAUCAUCAGACCGUGUCGUCCUGUCUGCCCGGAAAUACUCUGACACAGUAUCCUCCGCCCAGACAACACCCUCCAUGGCUACCGCCUGCGAGUCAGAAGCCCUCCCAAGUCAGGCACCUCACCCAACAUCAUUGGAUAGAUCGACCGCAUCGGUUGAGUCUCAACUGGAUAUCGGACAGCAAUCUGCUUCUAUUACCGACAGAUUCUCAGGCUUGACAGUAUCCAUCGAGUUUGGGGAUUCCGCUCUCUCGAGUUUUACGACGGACAUUUUACAGAAUGAUGGCAAGGUGAAAGAAAUCGUGGCUCGUUUCGAGUCGGGAAAAGGGCAGCCUUCCGGAGAGAUCGGAGACAUGGUCUCUGAAGAUGAUCUGGGCGCAAAAGAAGAGUCUCCUGCCAACGAUGGUCGCUCCGUUUCUGACGCUCUCACCGUUCACGAAGCGCACCCCAGGACCCAUCACACCGACUCGCAGAAAAUCCAACCAGUCGACUCUCAAAUGGACGCCUUGGAAGCAUCUUUGGAUGAGCUUGUAUGGUUGGGCAGCCCAACGGGUGAGCCUACGAGCCCACUGUCUCAAUUCCCUACUUUUUCCAUGCCGCCGGGUGAGUCCACAUCCCCAACGUACAGCCCUAAUCCGAGAGCUAACGCUCUAGUUUUGGAAGCGCCUCCUACGCUCACUCCCGCGUCACCUUCAAUCGACAUAGCUAGCCCUGUGAGCCCUCGCAAAUCGGUAUCCCGCCGCCCAACUGAGUCCAGAGGACCACACUUGGAGACUGCCCGGCGAGCUGCAGCGCGUGAAUCAAAGCAUUCGUCACCAAUUGAGCCGAGCAAGACGGCGAAAGAUCGCCAGAAGGCGAUCAAAGGAAGGCGGGAUGCAGUAUCACGCAAGGAAAAUACCGCUGAGGCAUCGACUUUCCUUGCAAAGGAAGCUUUGGAUCUAGUAGAGGGAGAUAGCAGACCUGCUGAACAUCCGCCCAAGCAUUCAGAUUCUCUGUCCAACAGAAAGCUGAAAUCUAUGCCUUCGAAGAGUGUCCUCAGAGAUUCUUCCUCCGCGUCCCCGGCUUGCGAGACCCCAAGACGAUCGAACACGAUUAAGAUCACUCUCUCCCCCACGCGGUCUACGAUUUCCUCCACCGCGAAAGAAGCUAGUUCUCAACCACAUUCUCCGCUGGAGUCGCUGUAUGGUACUGCGCGAGGUUCGCCAGUGAGUCAUGCUUCUGAAAGCAGCUCCAACCAUAGCUAUGCGACUGCAGCGGAGAAUAUUCAAGAACCGAAGCCUUUCCCUGAGUUGACCUUUGCUAACGUGGAAUUGUUUGAGCAGAGCAUAGUGAAGAGCCAAAAGGCCGCUUCCCAAGUGAGUACCGUCAAGCCGCGGAAGGUUGGACGGCCUAAGCUUUCUGUGGUCACUUUUGGAUCUUCGGUCGACGAAACCAAGGCUCCGAAGCCAAUACAGCUGAAAUCGGAGGUGCCCCAAAUCACGCCAUCCUCGCCAGGGUCUUGCAUUCCCCAGCCAACGACUAGAUCUCGCCGCUUGACGGCGGAUUCAUCUAGCGCACGAUCUGAUAUCAUGGGAUUCAUAAAUCGAAGGACAAGUGUACGGAAGGCAAGCUUCGGCACUGAGACUAGUACCGCCUCAGAUUUCCACGGCUCUGAAUAUCGCAUUCCUCUCCCAGAAUCAGCAGUGCAGUCUCCAGAAUUAGAAGGGCAAGCCAAGGUCACUAUCAACAUCGAGAAUAUCGCGGUUCCUAAGGGUCGUAUCGACAGACUGAGCACUUCCCCUAUCACCCGACGAAACGAAGGGGCCAUCUUUGACGAAGACGAAGGUGCUGGUGCAAUUACAACGCUCAGUGCUGGAACCGCACGUACCAACUCUUCCGGAUCCAUGCUUUUUAUCGGAUGCGAUCCGCCCGCUGAGGUCUCCAAUAAACCCAAAGCUAGUCUUACCUUUCCUGUAUUUGGAAAAGAGCCCGUCGGAGAGUAUAGUUCUACAAACAAGAAACCGGGAAAGAAAACAAAAGCACCUCCGAGCGACGGGAGAGACAGUCCCACCGGAAUGGGCAAGAAUGUCCCUGGUGAAGUACGUGGCCGUAAAGCUUUAAAACGGACGACAUCAUCCACGCAAGCAUCUUCGAAGGCUACCGCUUCUCAAUCGCCUGUCCCAACCAUUCGCAGAGUGUCACGGCUCCAGUCUUGGGCCAAGAGCAAAUCCUCAAACACUCCCCUUUCCCGGUCGCCGUCAGCUGGAACUGUUCAGCAAGAACCAGUAGGUACUGUGCAGGAAAUAGCCAAGGUCGAACCAAAAUCGUCUCUGGGCUCUCUACGGGCAACGGCCCCUGUGUUUGUACCUAAGUUGAACAACGCCGGCUUCGCCAAUCCAGAUCUUCCCUUUGAUGGGCCGCAGGACUUCAGUCAGCAUCAAAGCUCAUUUUACCACGACACAAGAGAUCAAAACCUGGCUUACUCUAUGUAUCAGCCAGUGCCAACCGCACCAAUAGGACCAACUCUUGAGUCUCCUUAUCGAUCAAAAGCUGAUGCAGCUGCAUCCUUGCAGCUAGCGUCACAUCAGAAGGCUUCAACAGGGCCAGCAUCUUACCCUUCCUAUCCAUCAAUGGAGAUGGUGUCGAUGGCGCCGGCUUACUCGCCCCCGCGGAAUCGUAGUCCUAAGAAGAAGCAGAGCAAAUACAAGCUAAAGAAUAAGAUUGACAGGUCUCAGAACGUCGAAGGAACUUUCAAACUCGGGCAUUCUUCCCAUCCUUCGUAUCCGCAGGCGACGAUGGAUUACCCUAUCCAAGAUCAGGGAUCGCAUUUAGGCAUUUCCUCUCGUCCUGUCUAUCCACAGGCGACGAUCGAUCACCCUGCCCAAUACCAGGGACCACUUCAGGGCAUUGCGUCCCUUCAUACCUACUCGCAGGCGACAUAUGAUCACGUUGCCGGACGCGCCGAAGACCAACUACCACAAUUUGGUCAAGCCGAUUCUGCCUUCAUCCCAUUUGCGACGCAACUUCACGAAGUCGAUAACACUCCUUCUCAACUGAAAGACCACGCUCAAGGUGGAACUUACCGGAGGGAGAGAAACGAUUCCUCGCCCGGUAUAAAACCUGCCUAUACCAUCGAAACUCUUGACGAAUACGUGACGAGAUGGGAACAAAACGUAGCUGACCCCGUAGCAGGCUUUACAGGUUCUCCCAGCUCCACCAGAGUCCAUGGCGCCAUGGGCGACUAUCCCACCUACGGGCGCAAGCAGCGUAGUCCACGCCCUCGCAAGCGCCAAUCUGACCAAGGCAUCGCCUACUACGGUCGUAUUGCCGGUCAACGCGUCGCUUCCGCUGGUGUUCCGCUGUCCAGCACGGCUCCGUUCCCGAACCCGGUUCCUCCGCAGUACAAGAGCUCGAGCGUGAAUUCUCUGACCCCUGCGGCGACUGGCUCGAAGGGGACUACCCCGAACCGGUAUAUUGGGUAUUCUGUCGAUGAGAAUAGGGUCACUAGGGCUCCGUGCGGCGUGUAUGAGGUGGUGAAGGCGGUGGAGUCGCUGACUACGAGCUGCAAUAAGUGCGAGCCUGAUCAUUAGGUAUGUGUGGUUGUUUGCUUCGGCGAAGAUUGAUGAUGGCUGGUGUGGUACGAGAGACUGGAUCGUAGUUCACCUGUAUCAUGGGGGUAGGGCAUGGAGUGUGGAUCAAGGAGAGAAGCGGACGGCUUUUCUGGUGUGGUGAAGACGGAAGAUUCGGAAGUUUUGGUUGAAGGAACGGUUGGAAAG